CGGUGCCUCUCGGCCGCGGCGCCUGACGGGAUCCCGCCGAUGUUGGCACAGUCCCGGCUGCCCAGCCUCCUCCUCCUGCUCCCCCGGCUGCGCGCAGUCGCUCCCGGCCUCGCCAUGAGCUCCACCACCGGCACCGUCACCGUGCAGCAGCCCCUCAACUACCGCGCGGGUGCCCGCGUCCAGCCGGCCGACGGCGGGCAGCUGGAGGAGGUGUUCGAGCCGGCCACAGGUCGUGUGCUGUGCAAGGUGCCCUGCUCUGGGGAGAAGGAAGUUGAUCUGGCUGUGCAGAGUGCAAAGGCUGCCUUUAAAAUAUGGAGUCAGAUGUCGGGCAUGGAGCGAUGCCGGGUGAUGCUGGAGGCUGCCAGAAUCAUUCGGGAGCAGAAGGAGGAAAUUGCCAUCAUGGAGACCAUCAACAAUGGAAAAUCCAUCUUGGAAGCCAGAGCGGACAUCGACACAUCCUGGCAGUGCCUGGAGUAUUAUGCAGGGCUGGCAGGAUCUCUGGCUGGUGAACACAUCCAGCUCCCUGGGGGAUGCUUUGGGUACACUCGGAGAGAGCCUCUCGGGGUGUGUGUUGGGAUUGGAGCCUGGAAUUACCCUUUCCAGAUUGCCUGCUGGAAAGCUGGCCCRGCCUUGGCUUGUGGCAAUGCGAUGGUCUUCAAGCCUUCACCCUUCACCCCCAUUUCUGUGGUGAGGUUGGCAGAGAUCUUCACAGAGGCYGGAGUGCCCAAGGGACUCUUCAACGUGGUGCAGGGUGGGGCRGCCACGGGCCAGUUCCUCUGCCAGCACCCAGAUGUGGCCAAAAUCUCUUUCACUGGCAGUGUGCCAACUGGCAUGAAGAUCAUGGAGAUGGCAGCUAAAGGGAUCAAGCCAGUCACCCUGGAGCUGGGGGGUAAAUCCCCUCUUAUCAUCUUUUCGGACUCUGAUCUGGAAAAUGCUGUGAAGGGAGCCCUCAUGGCCAACUACCUUACCCAGGGCCAGGUGUGCUGCAAYGGCACCCGGGUGUUUGUGGAGAGGAAGAUCCUGGAUACCUUCACCAAGGAGGUGGUGAAACGCACCCAGAAAAUCAAAAUUGGAGACCCACUUCUGGAGGACACACGGAUGGGAGCCCUCAUCAACCGGCCCCACCUSAAUCGUGUGCAGGGUUUUAUCAAGCAGGCAAAGGAGCAGGGGGCAGAGGUGCUGUGUGGUGGGGACCUGUACGUGCCAGAUGACCCAAAGCUGAAGAAYGGCUACUACAUGCGACCCUGUGUGUUAGGGAACUGCAAGGAUGACAUGACAUGUGUGAAGGAAGAGAUCUUYGGGCCUGUCAUGGCCAUCCUGCCAUUUGACACCGAGGAGGAGGUUGUGGAGAGAGCCAAUGCCACCAAAUUCGGCCUGGCAGGUGGUGUCUUCACCAGGGAUAUCCAGAAGGCUCACAGGGUAGUGGCUGCUCUCAAGGCCGGGAUGUGCUUCAUCAACAGCUACAACGCCAGCCCUGUGGAGCUGCCUUUCGGAGGCUACAAGCACUCAGGAUUCGGCCGGGAGAAUGGCCGGGUAGCCAUCGAGUACUACUCKCAGCUGAAGACUGUCUGCGUGGAGAUGGGGGAUGUGGAGUGUGUGUUUUAGUGGCUCUGGGGAGCAUCAGGCAGCUCUUGCCUGUCAGCAGAGAUGUGGAUCAUGUACACACUAAUGAAAUACCCUACAAUUGUCAAUGCCGGGGGGAAGCAGAGCUGGAGCAGCAUUUGGCCACCCUGCUCCUGCAGGGGAGAAUGUCCACACAGGGCUCAGCUCUGCCCUGUCUGCYGGACAAUGGGAAGCUCAGAGCAGGAGGCACCAAUCUGGCUUUGGCAGCAGCUCCUGCAGCCRCAGAGGAACUGUUACCAGAGGUUUGUCAAUGGCCAAAGCCAGGCCCAGGCUUCCUGUGCUGUGUGCCUUAUUCCCAUUGCGUUCCACUCUCCCUCAGCUUCAGUUCUGGCUUCUUAACAGGUAGGACCCUACUCAAUGCACGUAUAAGCUCUUGGACAUAUGGAUAUCCUGUAGCUGUAGACCUUGUCUAUACUGUGACUAYGUAAAUGCCUUAAGUGUAGCAUUGUUUAUUCCCUCUAGAGCCCUGGUAACCUCAACUUUUUUUCUAUCUUUUUUCUAUCUUUAUCUUACUUACAAGUGAGACAAAUCAUUGUGGGGAGAGUUGGCUGAUGCUGCCAAGGCCAGGCAUGGCCCUGAGAAUCCCCUCCACACAAGAGUGGUGGCAAGCUCCAGCACAGAAUAGUGAAAGCUAUCUCACUUCCUUCCUAUAAACUUACUGUUCUUUAUACACAAUGAAGCAACAGCUUUAAAUGUUUGCCUACUUUAAAUGUUUGUCUUUUCUUUAGCAGCCAAAUAAAUACUAACGCUGGAAUUUCUUAUCAGUGCAACAUGAAUUGAGGGGUCUAGAAAUGGGGUUGCUGCUGUAUGGGUUAAAUGAGUUGCAAGGUGGUUUUYCAGUCACUAAAAUCAUUAAAGCUAGAAAGCACA